AUCGUGCAUAUUGCCACAGCUCGUACCAAUUGUGAUACAAAAAAUACUAAAGAAUUAAUAUUUUCAUGUGGAGUAACUGAUCAAGGAUUUUGUAAAAUAAACUACCUGUGCAAUAUUCUUAGUGUUGGGGUCAAAAUGGUCUCAGACAAGACUGAUUAUGGAAGCUUUGCAGAACCGUCGUCUUCUGUAAUCAUAGGAGGAGGAGGAGGUGAGUCUGCUGGGAGGGUUGCCAACUCCAGUGGGAACUUGCACUCUUUAGUUAAUCAUAGUAAUAGUAGGCACACGAGUGAAAGUAGUGACAGUAACAGUGGGAUCUCAUCGGGUGCAAGUGUUCUGGACAGUGAUCAGGUUGUGAGUGGAAGUCAAGUUUCAAUUGACAGCAACGCGAGGAAUAGGCCAAAUAGUAACACCCUUCACCACGCCAGCCUCAAUCUAGACUUGAGUCACAACAAUUCGGGAAGAACAAUAUCGUCCCCUACAAUUGACGACACUACUCAGCGUUCCGGAACGGAUGACGGAACAGCGCGUGGAGCAAGAAUUCGGAUUUCAACCAACCGAUAUAGAAAUUCUUCCGGAAACAAUAACACGUUGAACCCAACAAAUAGUCAGUCUGCACCUCGCCUUUCACCCACUGAGACCAUUGUCAUAAUUAGUAAUCACGGCGGAGGAGGAAAAACGUCCAACAACGCCAACGGCACCACAAUAACUCAUAUUUACUCAAAUAGUUCCAGUCCAAUGUCAACAAAUAGUGGGGAUUUGUUGUACCAACGCCAGCCGUUGCUACAAGAAUGCGAAAAUGGUUGGAUAGACCAUGACGGGGAUGCGGAACUGGAUUCUCCUGUAUCUUCCGAUGGGAAAAGAGGACGAACUGCAGUAAGGAUUGACAUCCCAUCAGACCAGUCAGUUGUGACUUUAAAAUAUCCGAAAGAGAAAAGAAAGACUGUUAUUGCGUUCUUGGUUUUAAGUUGCAAUUUUGUUCUGGCCACUUUGUCACUUGCGCUAACUCAUGAACGAGUUCCUGAUCGCAACAUUUACAAACCACUUCCAGACAUAAUACUUGAUAAUGUGACAGCUCAGGACUGGGCCCUUAGUGUAUCUGAUGUUUUGGUCGCUAUUUCGACUUUAGCCACAGCAGUUGUUAUGCUAUUGCAUCGUCAUAGGUGGAUCGUCUUUCGCCGUGCUUUCCUUAUUCUAGCAUGUCUAUAUUUCAUGCGGUCAAUAACUAUUUAUGUGACCGUACUACCUGUGGCUUCCUAUACUUACCAUUGUUCCCCAAAAUCCAAUUCCACUUCGGUGCUUGAAAUUCUCCGGCGAGUCAUCCAGCUUGUGAGUGGAUUUGGUUUAUCCAUCAAUGGUCAGCACACGUACUGUGGGGAUUAUAUCUACUCUGGUCACACAGUUAUUUUAUGCAUAGCGUACCUUUUUAUUCAAGAAUACACUCCAAGAAAACUGUUUUACCUUCAUUGGGCUUCCUGGAUAGUGAGCAUAGUAGGGGUUGUGAUGAUGUUGAUAUCACGAGGACAUUAUACAGUUGAUGUUUUGAUUGCGUAUUAUGUGGCGACGAGAAUCUUUUGGAUUUAUCAUACACUUGCUAAUAAUCCGCAACUUAAAGUACAGAAUGGUCAAAACGGGUCGACGACAAACUUUUUAUCCAGAAUUUGGUGGUUUCCUAUAUUUCGUUAUAUGGAAGGAAAUGUAGGGGGGCCGCUUCCAAGACAGUACUCACUUCCUUGGUUCUCAUCCAGAGAACAACGUGCGAGAAGAAGUAUAUAAUAUCUGAGAUCCACUAUUUCGCCAAAAUCAGUUCUUGUCCAGUGAUUUCGUUUUAGAGUCUGACGAGUCCCUAUAUUAUCGGGUUUUUCCGUCUCCCAUAUGUACAUUGAUCAUAUGAAAAACUAUAUAUAUACUACUAUAAGUGAUCCAAUGUCCAUGGAUCUAAAUUUUGCAGCAUCGUGAUAUUUAGUUUUAGUAAAGCUGUACGUAUCCUCAUUUAAUGUUACAUGAAGCCGACGAUUUUUGUGAAAAGAAAAUAAUAUACAACAAAGAGCUGAAAACAAUAAAGCAAAAUGUCAUUUUAAUACAA